UCGCAGCUUAUCGAUAAUAUUUUUAGACAUUUAUAGUCUACACAAUCUAUGAUUUUAAUUAUAAUUAUAUACUAUAACCAUCAUCAGACGUAAUGUUACAAGAAUUAGGAUCAACUUUAUUUCAGUUUGUGUCUGUUCAUGCAACAGAAGCCCAUCUUAUUGUCGUAGGUUUAAUAAUUGCAUAUUAUCUAGUGAUUUAUCCAUUUAUUUUAUCACCAUUACGAGAUGUUCCGGGACCUUAUCUUCAUAGAAUAAGCCGAUUUUCAGCAUUGAAUAAUCAAAGAACGAUGACUUGGGUAAGGAAAGUUGACGAUUUACAUAAAAAGUAUGGAAAUGUCGUACUUUUAUCACCAAUCGAAGUGAGUGUUAACGGAGAAUAUAAAUAUCUCCAUGACUUAUAUACAAAGAAUCUUCCCAAAUCCAAAUUUUAUGAAAACUUCAGAAAUCAUGGAUUCAAAGAUAAUAUAUUUGCCAGUUUGGAGAAUGAUAGGCAUAUCAAAUAUAAGAAGAUUGUUUCGAAUAUUUAUAGUAAAUCAUCUAUUUUUUCCAAAUCGAACACUGCAAGAUUAAACAUCGUUGAAAAGAUUACAAAUUUAGUAAAGGCGGUAUACAAAUCAUCAGUAGAUGCAACAGAACCAGAUUAUAUCAAUGCAAGAUCUGAACGCAAUAUUCACGGAAAGGGUUAUAAGAAUAGUGAUUGGUUUAACAAAUCUGGUAGAGAAAAGAACUUAGGCAUUGACGUUUAUUCACUCUUUGGAUCUUUAGCAUGCGAUGUAGUGUCAGGAUUUGAAUUAGGAAUUGAAAAUGGGACAGAUUUAAUAUCACGACCAGAAGAAAGACAUAUAUUAGUGAGCCAUAGAGAAGUUGCUAGUAUGGUUUUUUGGACAACUCUAAUGCCAAGAUUCUGGGAUUGGGUUGCAGGCAAGCGUAUUCUUAAAGCAAUGGAAACUAUAACUAGAUGGCAAUUAAAUUUAUAUUAUAAUGCCGAAACUAAUAGUCCAAAAGUCAUAGAAGGUCAAAAUCUUACUACCUUGCAGACAUUAAACAAGGCUGGCUUAAAGGGGGAAUAUGCUUAUUCGUUCUUAACUGAUAAUAUCUUUGCUGGUCAUGAAACAACCGCGAUAUUCCUUACCUAUUUAUGCUACGAGAUCUCAAGACCAAUAAAUUCUUUUAUGCAAGUCAAGUUGAAAGAAGAAUUAAAAAGUACUUUCGGUACCCCACCUAAUAGGCAAACUAUUAUUGAUGAUUUUGAAACAGUUGAUACUCUUCCAUAUUUGAAUGCCCUUAUUAAUGAAGUUGGUAGAGUUCACACACCAAUACCUGGAGCAGAACCUAGAUUAGUUGAUAAACCAUAUUUAGUAACUGCAGGCAAUGGUAAGAAUAUAACCAUUCCAAAAGGUACGAUAAUUUCUAGUCAACCAUUUUCUAUGCAUAGAUUAGAAAACGUUUUCCCUGAUCCAAACAGAUUCAUUCCGGAAAGAUGGUUAAAGUAUGAAGAUGAAAGUGAAUCACAGUUUAAUCAACGUAUAAUGAAGCAACUGAAAUUUUCCAUGCCAUUCGGUAAAGGGAUCAGAAUGUGUUUGGGAAUGAAUAUUGCUCUAAUUGAAAUGAAAUUAGCUGUAGCCAAUUUAUAUUGGAAAUUAAGUAGUCAAAUUGAUAAUGAUUGGUGUGACAUUACUCAAUAUGAUAGUGAAUCGGCUAAUAAGGUUAUUGCUAAUGUGAUUGAAACCGGUUUUGAUUUUGUAGGUAAUAAUCAGACUGAUGAAGAGAAAAUGGUGAUGUACGAUCUGUAUACCACCAGACCUUAUAAUGAUGAAUGUUGGUUAAGAUGGAUUGAUGAUUCUGAUUCUGAUUCUGAUUUACAUACAUAGUUAUUUAAAAUAAAAUAAAAUAAAAUAAAAUAAAAUAAAAUAAAAACUUCUCGAAAUAAAACCGGUCAAAAAAUAGUUUAAACCGACCCCUCCGUAAUUAAUUCGCCGCACUUUCUUUUGUGCCUGAUUAGUUCUUGCUAAAAAGUCACCCGCUAUUUUA